AUGAAUUGGGAUUGGGAUGUGAACGAUGUUAAUGGUGAAUAUGCAAAUGUUGAGGAAGAAAAUGUUAAGGAAGAAAAUGUUGAAGAUGUAAGUGUUGAAGAAGCAAAUGUUGAAGAAGCAAAUGUUGAAGAAACAAAUGUUGAAGAAGCAAAUGAAGAAGAAAAUGUUGAAGGAGGAUUUAAAGUCAUUGACGUUUAUGUUGAACACAAAGUUGAAGAAGUUAAUAUUGAAGAUGUUAUUUUUGAGGAUGUUAAUGGUGAGGAUGCAAAUGUUGAGGAAGAAAAUGUUGAAGAUGUAAAUGUUGAAGAAGCAAAUGUUGAAGAAACAAAUAUUUAUGAAGCAAAUGUUGAAGAAGCAAAUGAAGAAGAAAAUGUUGAAGGGUUGAUUUCUGUAUACUCUAAGACACACUCAAAAAAUGAAAACUAA